GUCACCUUUCUUCUUUUAAAAGCAACAGAUCUGCUCUAUGAGUCCCUGUCACGUCUGCCGGAACUUGGUUUUUGGGUUGGUUUUUUUUUUUUCCCUACAGCCGGGCACGGGGACCUUCUCUCAGGAGAUUCCGUUUGAUGAGAGAGCUGCACAUACAAGAGGCCUGCGGGAAGCAUGGACCUUAGUGAAACAUGGCCUUUGGAGGAAGGAACCUGGCUGUCUCACGCUGGAGUUCAUCAUUUUGCCAACACCAGAGGGGACAACGAGUUUGUGGAAGCCUCUCCCGCGCCCUACAGCCCGGAGGAGUUCGGUGCCCCUCCAGCCUGUUACAGCCCCAGCAGUCCCGUCCAGAUUCUGGAGGACCCCAGCUACUUUUUCCCAGACUUUCAGCUCUAUCCUGGGAGGCAUGAAGCAUCUUUGACAGUGGAGGCAAACAGUAGCAUCAGAGAAAAAGUUGUUGAGGAUCCUCUCUGUAACUUCCACCCCCCGAACUUCCCGAGGAUCCCAGAGGUGGAGAUGAGAGGUUCCGAGGAUGCGGCAGCUGGAACAGUGUUACAGCGGCUGAUCCAGGAGCAACUGCGCUAUGGCACCCCGACCGAGAACAUGAACUUGCUGGCCAUUCAGCACCAGGCCACAGGGAGUGCAGGGCCAGCCCACCCCACCAACAACUUUUCUUCCACGGAAAACCUCGCUCAAGAAGACCCACAAAUGGUCUACCAGUCAGCACGCCAGGAACCGCAGGGUCAGGAACACCAGGUGGACAACACUGUGAUGGAGAAACAGGUGCGGUCCGCACAGCCUCAGCAGAACAACGAGGAGCUGCCCACGUACGAGGAGGCCAAGGCGCAGUCCCAGUUCUUCCGGGGACAGCAGCCGCCGCCGCCGCCCCAGCAGCAGCAACCAGGGGCCGUGGGGCACAGCUACUACAUGGCCGGGGGCACCAGUCAGAAGGCCCGGACUGAGGGCAGGCCGACGGUGAGCCGCGCCAACAGCGGACAGGCGCACAAGGACGAGGCGCUGAAGGAGCUCAAGCAGGGCCACGUCCGCUCUCUCAGCGAGAGGAUCAUGCAGCUGUCGCUGGAGAGGAAUGGCGCCAAGCAGCACCUCCCUGGCCCCGGGAACGGGAAGGCGUUUAAGGCGGGAGGGGGCCCCUCCCCAGCCCAGCCUGCAGCCAAGAUGCUGGACCCCCGAGGACCUCCACCUGAGUACCCCUUCAAGACCAAGCAGAUGGUGUCCCCGGUCAGCAAGACCCAGGAGCAUGGACUGUUCUACAGUGACCAGCACCCCGGGCUGCUCCACGAGAUGGUCAAGCCUUACCCUGCGCCCCAGCCUGCAAGGACAGAAGUGGCCGUCCUGAGGUACCAGCCACCCCCAGAGUACGGGGUAACAAGCCGCCCAUGCCAGCUUCCUUUCCCGUCCACGGCGCAGCAGCACAGCCCGGUGUCCUCGCAGAACUCCUCGGUCAGCGGGGCGCUGCACUCCGUGCCCCUGCCGCUCGCUCCUCCCAUGGCCCUGGGCGCCGCGCCGCCCCCGCCCGCCGCCUCGCCCAGCCAGCAGCUUGGCCCUGACGCGUUCGCGAUAGUGGAGCGAGCCCAGCAGAUGGUGGAGAUCCUCACGGAGGAGAACCGCGUGCUGCACCAGGAGCUUCAGGGUUACUAUGACAACGCCGACAAGCUCCACAAGUUUGAGAAAGAACUUCAGAGAAUCUCGGAAGCCUACGAGAGCCUGGUCAAGUCUACCACCAAGCGAGAGUCGCUGGACAAAGCGAUGAGGAACAAACUCGAAGGCGAGAUUCGAAGGCUCCAUGACUUCAACAGAGACCUCCGAGAUCGACUGGAGACAGCCAACAGACAGCUGUCCAGCAGGGAGUAUGACGGACAUGAAGACAGGGCGGCUGAGGGGCUUUACGCGUCCCAGAACAAGGAAUUCCUGAAGGAAAAGGAGAAGUUAGAGAUGGAGUUGGCGGCAGUGCGGACCGCGAGUGAGGACCACCGGAGACACAUCGAGAUCCUAGACCAGGCUCUGAGCAACGCCCAGGCCAGGGUCAUCAAGCUGGAAGAGGAGCUCCGAGAGAAGCAGGCAUAUGUGGAGAAAGUCGAGAAGCUGCAGCAGGCCCUGACCCAGCUGCAGUCAGCAUGUGAGAAGCGCGAGCAGAUGGAGCGGAGGCUUCGCACCUGGCUGGAGAGGGAGCUGGACGCCCUGAGGACCCAGCAGAAACACGGCAACGGCCAGCCAGCCAGCCUGCCGGAGUACAACGCUCCCGCGCUCAUGGAACUCGUGAGGGAGAAGGAGGAGCGCAUCCUGGCGCUGGAGGCUGACAUGACUAAGUGGGAGCAGAAGUACGUGGAGGAGAGCGCCAUCCGCCACUUCGCCAUGAGCGCCGCGGCCACCGCCGCCGCAGAGAGGGACACCACGAUCGUCAACCACUCGAGGAAUGGCAGCUAUGGCGAGAGCUCACUGGAGGCCCACAUCUGGCAGGAGGAGGAGGAGGUGGUGCAGGCCACCAGGAGGUGUCAGGACAUGGAGUACACUAUUAAAAAUCUCCAUGCCAAAAUCAUAGAGAAGGACGCCAUGAUUAAGGUCCUUCAACAGCGAUCCCGUAAAGAUGCCGGAAAGACGGACUCCUCCAGCCUGAGACCCGCCCGCUCUGUGCCAUCCAUUGCAGCAGCCACCGGGACUCACUCCCGCCAGACCUCGCUCACUAGCAGCCAGUUGGCUGAGGAGAAAAAGGAGGAGAAGACCUGGAAGGGGAGCAUAGGGCUGCUGCUGGGGAAGGAGCACCACGACCACGCGUCCACCCCCGUGCUGCCCACCCCCUCUGCCACCACGCUGUCACCCUCAGCCCCCGGCACGUCGGCCAGCAGCGCCCACGCCAAGACGGGCAGCAAGGACAGCAGCACGCAGACAGACAAGAGUGCUGAGCUCUUCUGGCCCGGCGUGGCCUCCCUGCCCACGCGCAGCAGGCUCAGCGGGACCCCUUCCAACAGCCCCGUGCUGAAGCACCCAGCGGCCAAGGGCGCAGCAGAAAAACUGGAGAACUCUCCCGGCCACGGAAAGUCGCCUGACCACAAAGGCCGCGUCAGCAACUUACUCCACAAGCCUGAGUUCCCCGACGGGGAGAUGAUGGAAGUUCUCAUCUAACCCUGGGCUCCCUGUUGAAUUUAACAGCGGAACACUGAGGCGCGAGGAACGUGGCAAAGAGAAAGAAAGAUCACGAAGGUUGCGGAUGGGAAAUCAGGGAUGGUUUGAGCAGAUAAGGGUUUCAGAUUAGUGAGAAUACUUUUUAUAAAUGUUAAAACAAAAACAGGAGACCUACAUGACUGAAGAUGAAGAGGAUGCCGUGGAUUUUUACUGCUUAUGGUGGAAGAGAGAAGAUGCAUGUAGGUUUGGAAACAAAGAAGAUCUAGGAAAUGAAAUUUUUUCAUUGUACAGAAAAAUGUACCUCUCGGGGAGGGUCUGUGUACACCCAUGGUCUGGUUAUAAACAGAUAAACCUGAGCAUGGAUCUUCCUUGGAAUACGCCCAUUCUCCUUGCCUCUUAGCUUGUUUUGAGAAGAGCCUCCUAGAAAUCUUGUAGUCUGUCUUGACAUAACAUCAUUUCACCUGUGCCCUCCGUGAUGUGUCCUGUGAAUGCGUGUGGGUGUGGCAGGGAAGAGAAAUGUUUGGGGUGAUGGAGGUCUUAAAAGGCCAUCUCCACCUCUCUACCUGAUUGGUUUGGAUUUUCAGGAGGUUAUGGGCCUUCUUGGCUUUUCUGCACUGAGCAGUAUAUUCUAAGCAGUAUGGGAGCUUUCUGGUCUUGGGGUUCAUCCCCCCCCCCCCCCGACUUCUCUGAGUUCAUCUCUGUCUCUGCUUCAUUCUCUUUCAUUUUACCCAUUUUUCCUUCAUUUUUUUUUUCCUCUUGUAAUAAGCCUUGCAGAGUUCCUUUGCUCUGGGGGUUGCCAGAGCAGUAUCUGAUCGGUCAUCAUGCACCGUGACAAGUGGGACAAAGCCUUUUGGUGUCUUCCUGGCAGCUUCCUCCGCCUUGGAGGAGUUGGGCUGCAGCAGUUGACGUUCUGACAGUGAACUUGGUCAGCUCCAAUGAGACAGAGGAUUCAUGGCCACUGUGACGUCCUGCAUUAAGCUCCUGCCACCACCGCUUUCUCCCCUCACAUCAGCUCUUGCAUGGAGUUUGGUGUAUCCACCUCACUGCUCCAUUGAGGUCAGACUUUCAGGAUUGCGCUCCAGGAAACAAGGGACACUUGACUUGGUGGCAUCUAGAAUCUCCCCUGACACCUUGUCCCGCUUGCUACUGUUUGUGGCCCCUGUUCUGCCAGCCCCUUGAAUCCUUCUGGAUGUAGUUGGUGAGCACGCAGAUUCUGUGGUUGUCAGCAGGUCAGGUCUGCCCUGCUGGGGACUUGCUUCGUAACCUGAUAGGCCAGUAUCAAUACAGUGUGGUUGGACUGUUCAAGGGUUUAGUUUGAAGCAACUGGUCCAAAGUAAGACAGAAGCACCAGGUUAGAGAGCCCGGAAUGAGUGAGGUCGUGGCCCCCUUUUCCCCGUGCUCUAGGGCUUCACAUCUGACUUCUCAGAUGUCAGCUUCCUUUACAAACCUGGAAGGUGCUGGAUCAGUGGAAAGAGGCUAGCCAGGCCAUCAGAUGCCCUUGUGGGGUCCUGAUGAAUUUGCUCCCUUCAGGCCAGCGGCAUCUUUGUCACCCCAGGUCCUCAUGCCCACGAUCUGAGACUUUCUCACAUCCCACCCAAAUGAGACCCUGAAGACCAUGUCACUUCAGAAAGUUGGCUGGGGUAGCUCCUUGAAGGGUGGGCCUUUGGAGUGUAACCUGGGUGCCUGCCUGCCUGCUAAGUCGCUUCAGUCGUGUCCAACUCUGUGCAACCCUGUGGACUAUAGCCCGCCAGGUUCUUCUGUCCAUGGCGAUUCUCCAGGCAAGAAUGCUGGAGUGGGUUGCCAUGCCAUCCUCCCAGGGAUCUUCCCAACCCAGGGAUCGAACCCGUGUUUCUUAUGUCUCCUGCCUUGGCAGGUGGGUUCUUUACCACAAGGGCCACCUGUGGGGAGCCCUGUAACUUGGGUGAAGGCUCCCCAGAUCCACAUGGUAGAAGAGGGUGAUGAGUGUGGCUGGAGGGAAGGAAACUGCUGGCUUUGCCCAGGAGCUUCUUGGAGCUGCCUGGUGGUCAGAAUGAGCAGAAGGGAGGCACCUCAAGCCUGGCUCUGGGGGGGGCUCUGUGUAUCACACGUGUUGCCUUCUGUGGCCCCACUUUAAGCAUCACUGAGGGUUGUGCAGCCUGAGGAACCGGAGCGGCUUUGCAGGGCCGAGCAGUCCCGGGUUCCGCCAGAGCAGCGAACCUCAUGGGUGGUGCAAGGCCGUGGCGAGUAUGGACACGUGGGGGUGGAGGGGCAGAGGGCUCCCCGUCCCAUCUCUCUUCUCUUUCACUUUCAACAAGUGAUGAGGCUCCGUUGAUGGCACAUGACUCAAGGACCUUUUGACCGCUGAUUAAUGUUGAGAAUGGAAAAAAAUCAGUAUCUAGAAAUAGGAGGGCCCCACCACCACUGCUGUCCACGCCUGGGCCACCCCAAAUGUGAGCUGUGUCCCCCAGAAAUGGGUGAGAGCCAGAGCCUCAUCUUUAGGCCCCAGCACAUCUUGUUGGCACUGCAGGCACAAGGCUCACUGACUGUCCUUGGUCCCCCAAGUUGCCAGGCUUGGUAACUCUCACAAGGCACAGACGUCACCGUUUUUCUACUGUGCUGUGGUGUCUGUGCACCUUUUUUGCUUCUGACCUGCCUCCUCUGCAACAAAAGGGACUUACAGCUUUGAAAUCUCUUUUUUUAUGGCAGAUUUCCAGCCCAGCAAGGGCCUCACUGCUCUUCAUCUCCGUAGAUUUCUUGAAGCCUUGCUUGCCUUUAGGAGAAAGCAGAUACUGAACUCCUGCUGUGCGUUCUCGCCGUUAAUGAUACAUGAUCUCAUUGGAUCUUUGGAAAAGAAUCCUUGCUGCAUUUUUUAGUGCCAACUGUGUGCAAGCACUGGGUACCUUUCAGUGCAUCCUCAGACCACGUGGGAGCAGGGGCAGGUUUAUAUCCGUAUUUCACAGAGGAGGAAAUGGGCUCAGGGAGGUCAAGUCCCUUCUGCAGGAGAGACUGGCAUCUGGACCAAGGGUUUGGGAGAGCAGCCUUGACGCGGGCCGGACUGCCUCUGACUUGGGGGUGAUAAGCAUCUUUUGGGGUCACACCUUGACCCGCUCUGUCCCCCGUGUGUGUGUGUGCACAUGCGCACACACACACAGCUUCCUUCUUCAUCCCCCUGACCCUCUGAACUGCUAGGACUGCCCGUAAACAAGCUAUAGAUGGGAGUCUGUGUACUGUUACACUAGGCCACAAAGUCUGUUUUAUAAAGCUCUUACUUGCAUGUAAUCCAGAGGCCAGGCCUCCUCCAGAACAUCCCAGUAUGGUGUCUGAUCAUGACCUCCUGGUCCCUGUCUCAGAGUGAAGGGUCAAGGCCUAGGCCCUGGGUGAUGACGACAUGCCGGAGUCACCCUGCCGCCUCCUUGAGCAUGUCAUCUGGCAGUUUCCGCGUGCCGCCCGGGGUACCGUGUGGAACAGGCAAUGUCACUGCUUUCUGGCACUGAUUUCCGAGUGUGUGCAGAGCCUUUCCUUGACAUUUUCUUCUCAGCUUGUCUUCGGCUUCCCACAGGUUGGAGGCCAGCCACAGCGUCACGCUGCACCUGCUCGAAGUGGACACGUGGGACAGGGCUGCCAUGUCCCUCCCGGGACUUGGGUUGGAGGCAGAGAGUGGGGGCUCUUCUUUCUCUCUUUAGGUUUGCGGAGCUUGCUCUUUGGGACUCACGUGAGCAUUUAACUACACAGGACUUGGGUUGGGUAUCCAGGCAUGCCGGAAUGCCCCCUGCAGAACAGUGAGCCACCCCUGCUGUUUGUUGUCUCGUGGCUUUGACCUUGUGAUGCUGAGUGCUAACAGUUAGAGAUGUCUCCUGCUUCGUCCUCUGCAGUGCUGGUGAUGUAGUCUUGAAGUCAUGUGUGACUCUUGCGACCCCAUGGACUGCAUGUAAUCCACCAAGCUCCUCUGUCCAGGGAUUCUCCAGGCAAGAAUACUGGAGUGGGUGGCCAUUUCCUUCUCCAUUCCUCCUUGGUAGCUGAUGAUGAUAGAAACUCCCCCCACUGCAUCCUGAGUCCCAGAGCCUGGUGUGAAUACAAACUUCAGAAGAGGCAGGGUUCCAAGAGUAGGUGGCUGGUUGCAAGGUUUGGAGGCAGGGAGCUCACGUGAGCAGAGAGGUGUGUCUUCCAAAACAAAAGCCCUACAGCCAGCGUAUGUGCCCUGGUGCCGGUGGGUGUGCUUCUGUGUGCCCCCUGUGAUCUCACACUCCUCCUGAGCCAGGGAGGACUGUGGCCGUGAUAUGAGGGAGUCCUUUUACACAGAACAUCCUGCCCACAGCUGCCUGCUUAUCCCCAAGCUUGACGCAGCUGCGGUGUAUGCUUUACAAAUGUUUUUUCUCUUCUUCUUCUGUGUGUGUGUGUGUUUUUUUUUUUUUUUUUGCUAAUUAAUCAGUGUGUUUAGAAUGUCUUCAUUCAACAUGAGGGUUGUUCAGUGGGUGCCUGUGUGUGUGGCUCCAUGGAAGAUAGGCAGAGUCAUUAAGAAGUUACCAGAAGCUGAUCAGCUGGGAGCAUGAAAAGGUUAGCACUUCAGUAAAUGGAUUUCUUCUGGACCUAAUAAGCAGUUUUUUUUUUUCCUCUCACUUUUAAGUAGUAUCCCCCGCCUUUUCUUGUUUGGUAAUUUAAAGGUAUCUAAAGACAUGCAUUAAAAAAAAAAACACCUGUA